CAGAUUUGGCUAUUGCCUUUCCCUGGGGUCAGCAUUGCUUUCUUGAUGUAGCAUAGACAACAUAUUCACUCUCAUCCACUGAAGAGAGGUGGCAGGUAUUAGAACCUCAGAUUGCAGGAUGUUUAAUGGUUACCUGUCAGAGCAUCAACUGGUGGUUAUGGGCAGCAGGGCUAUCGUCCACCCCAUGGAUCUGGUGCCCUCCCCAGUGGGGGCAACGAGGUUCUCAUUUUGGCCACCCAACAGCAUAUGAUUAUCAGCAUCGUGGUCCAUAUCCUUCUCAUAAUCAACCUUAUCCUCCUGCACCGUAUCGAAAUUAUCCUCAACAUAUGGCCCCUAGGAGCGGCUAUGGUUCUGGUUGGGAGCAAAGGCCUCACCGUGCAAUUCUCGAAGAUCCUUUAUGCGGUGGUGAUAAUAUCUCUCUUGGUAAGGUCUCUUAUGUGACUUGUAUAUCUAAAAAAUCUGAUGAUAAUGGCAUGUUAGACUGAAUUUGUUUGUUAUGUAUGUGAUUUUAAUUGAUUGUGUGUACUGAUUUUUUCGUUAUUCUUUUUCAUCUAUGUCUGCUUCAUUUUAUAAUUAGUUUUUGCAUCUGAAUGUCGCUUGGCUAAUUCUUUUUCCCGCAUUGCCCAAAUUCUCCCCUUUUACUAUUGCUACCCUAGCCAUAGAAAUUAACUCAUUCGUCCAUUAAUGAAAGUUGUGGCCUUUGUUCUUUCUUGGUUUUUCAAAAUUUAAACAUGAUUUUCAAGUUGUUGUUCAAAUUUUUGAUUGUUUCUAUCAGAAAA